AAAUUAAGCUCACUUGAUUUCAAUGACUCUAGUUCUUCACCAAAAUGUUGGCAGGCAAGUCUGUAGUGAAAAUUAUUCACUUGCAUGUUAUAUUUGUGUUUUUCUUUGGCUGUUGUGCAUCCGAUUGUGUUAAUAAGACUGGAAUUCAUCAAGAUCUAGCUAAAGCUUCGAUAGGGGAAGCUUUGCCAGAUGUACCAUUAGAGAAAUUUGGAAAUAAGUAUUACUACUUUGGAGCAAUAUAUGAGGGAAAUUACUUUCAAGCAAUACAGUACUGCAAUUACCACAGAAUGACGCUUUUGAGCAUUGAGACGAAAGAAGAGAACGAUUUCUUAUUCGAAAGAUUUAGACAUUUCCUUGGAUGGGGAACGUAUCACUUCUGGACGUCGGGAACCACCUUACCAGACGCCCACUGGGUUUGGCUCAGCACCGGAAGACCAGUUUUGUUCGCCAAUUGGUCACCAAAUCAACCAGAUAACUCGGGAAAUAAUGAAAGUUGCAUAGAAGCCGUUUACGUUCAUACAAACAAAGCUCUUGUAUGGAACGAUCACGUGUGUGCUCUUCCAAAACAUGUUAUUUGUGAAACCCUGGACGUAAAAUGUGCCGCUUGACAACAUUUAUGGGUUAAUCAACAAACAUUUGCUCAUAAAAAUAUAUUAUUUCCGGGUUUAAGUUUAAACAUUACUACCGUAUUAAGUUUAAUGCAAAAAGUCUGAAAGAUCUAGACAGUGUCUAGAUCUCCAAUAGAUACUGCAUUUUUUAUAGGGACUAUAUUUUUUAUUUAUAAGCAUAUGAAAAGAAUAUUAUCGCAAAGCAAACCAUAAAGAGGAAACCGUAAUCAGAGGAUGCGUUUUUCAAGGGAAAACCGUAUCUCUAUUUAUCACAUGUCCACAAUUCCAUAAUUCUUCUAGUAAUAAAUAACUUGAAUAAUAA